AUCAGUUUCCGUUCACUGCACAUCAUUCGCAGGACUAGAUCGCCAUGCCCAACGCACGGAAAAAGAAAGCAGCAAAGAAUGAAGAUUUCAAGAAAAAGCGACUCAAGGUUGGCAAGCAAAAGGCCUUGCCCGAUAGUUUCACGGACACUUCCUUCAAAUCGAAAAGUAUUUCGCUCCCCAAUCAGAGUAUUACCGAAGAUAAAUCGCGCGAGAUUACCACCAGUCGCAAUCUGACAUUGUCCGAUCUCAUCGUCCAACUUAGACAUUACAAUGCCAGCGUCAAGAAAGAUGCCUUGUCCGGCAUGCAGGAAUUAUGUUUGACCCAUCCAGAUUUGUUACUGUCGUCGCUGAGUUUGGUAGUCAACGGCAUCCUGAAACUUUUCGUCGACGAGGAUCGAGAUGUGCGCAAGGCAUUAUUGGGAUUUCUACGGGAAUGCUUUCUCCCCAUGGAUAAGAUCGAAUUGCAGCCAUUUUUGCCUGUGUUAAUUAUGUAUACCUGUUCGGCGAUGACCCAUAUCUUUGAAGAAGUUCGUCUCGAUGCCAUCAAAUUAUUAGACCUCUGGGUAGAGAUUGCUCCCAAUGUGAUUGUUACCAAAUUUUGGGAACGUGUGAUGGGCAACUACAUGAGUUUGCUUGCAGUGGAAUCCAACAGUAUGAAUACCUCAAAAUCAACUUCCAGUCUUCCCAAUGUCAAUACAGCCUCUGUCGCCUCUGUUAAAGCCGCCGCAUCCAAAUCUCAUUUGCAUUUACACAAGAGCAAACUUGAACUGUUGACAAGUCUCACGAAAUUUCUGGAAGCAGGCCUUUUGGAGAAUCAGCAGGAUAGCUUUUGGUUUCUUUUGAAUUUCAUCGAUAAUCUGCAUGCUCGACAAGCCUUUCAACACCAUUUUGAUCCAGAAAAGAAGAAGGGUAGACCCGUUGUUCGAUGGGAAGCAAAGUCAAAGACGAUGUUCACGCCCACCAACGCAUUUUUGGAAAGUUCUAUCCCUUACUUGACUGAACAAUUGACUACAUUUUCCCAUUUGAAUCUGUUUGAAUCGGUUGCUCCGAAAACUCGGUCUUUUGGCGGUAACCAAGCUUCUGGUGACGCCUCCAAAGAUUCUAGCAAGCCUCAUCUUGUCGAUUACAGCUUACGUGACCGAAUCGGAGGAUUAAAGAAUUUGAUCCACACCUUGCAGCCUAUUCUCAUCGGUACCUGGCUCGAAACCGCGCCUGUUGUAUUCUCGUCAUCUAGUAAUAUAGGCUUGACCCCCGCUCUACAACUACUACACGCUGAUAUGCGCCUGACCCUGGACCUGUGGCGCGCCAUGAUCAGUGGAGGAAUGAUUGAUACUGUCACACCAUCUUGGUUAGUGGAUCACUUGGAACAGAUGUUGAAGCGCUUGAUGGUGUAUUUCCCCUAUGGAGCGGAUUCAUUUGGCAUGAGACCAGCCAAGGUCGACGAAUUGCUGUUGGAAAUGAACAUCAUGCUUUGUGAAUUGACUUCUUUAUAUUUGCUGGCAAGAGGCAUUCAUAAAUCUACUUUCGAACAGCAAUCCAUCACGCUUUCCAAUCGAAAGCGUGUGCGUCAGGAGAUGGAGUUCCAAACAGGCGCCGACGAGAUUCCUGCUUGGGCAGAUGCCAUUGUGGAUUAUAUCUUUGGUGUGCUUGGAUUUGAGGAACAUGCUGCUCCUUCGAGCAAAAAACAAAAAGGAAGCAUGACAUCCAUGUCUUCUGACUUUAAUAGUGAAAAUCUUGCUUCCCUUUUGCCAGCUAUUUGGGGUCUAAUGAACUGUCUGGAAGGCAGUCGAAGAGAUUCGAUUUUCGAGGUACGUUUGUCAAUUGUCUUGUUUCUUAUGUGGUGUUUCGUUUUGUUGACGCGUCGUUUUUCCUUGCAGGCCUUUCUAAAUUUCUUCCGUCAUUGUCACAGCCAUUCCGCGUCCAAGCGCAUAGCUUUGGAAUUCAUUAUCCGAGUAUAUCUUGUACGUAUCUGUGUCAGUGGUUCAAUGGACGGAAAAAAGUGAUUAACACUAUCGAUGGUUAGGUGCAAUCCACUCCAAGCUACAAUGGACAAUUCAAAAUCACCCCAGAUUCGUUCGCCUCUGGACUGAUGCGUAACUGGUUACUUUCCCUUCCAAAAAUGUUAUGGGAACUCAAAACGAGUCAUAUUGACACGAGUCGAGUGAGUAUUUCUUUGAGUUGGCAGAGGACACGACAUGAAACUAAAUUUGCAUUGUUGAUUAUGCGUAGGCUAUACUGAAUGUCAUGUGU